AUGAUGCAUCAAAAGAUAAAGAAUAACAGGUUCAGAGGAGUUAAACCAUUUCAGAAGUUUCAAAGAGGAGAAUCUUAAAAAGUACUGCCUUUCAAGGGAUAAGAUGGAGGCACUCUUGAAUAUAUACCUUCAUAGCAGAAAUACAAUUUAAACUCAAAUAACAUACUUAAGGAUACAAAUGAUAUCUAUUUUAAAGGAGGUUAUGAUUAACAAGUAGAUAAGAGAGUUAUGUCUGCUAAAAACUACAGCAAUUAUAAGAUGCAAAUGAUAAACUCAUUCAAAGCAUACAAAAAGUAUUAUUUUUCAUGCUAAUUUAAUCUUAGAGAUGAUAUUACUCCAUUUUUAUUAUCAAAUAAGGCUAUUAUGUAAGCGAGAACAGCUAAUAACUUUACUCAACAAAAGUCGUCAUCAACAAAAUAGCUGGGUUUAGUGAUAGAUAAAAAUGUGAUUAGAAAUAAGUCAUAGAGAAGAAGCACUUUGAAUAUCUUUGAAAGAGAGCAACUUAACGAGGAAUGUCUAUAGCUAAAAGAUCAAAUCAAUGAAUUGAAGGAAUCAGUUUUAGUUUUGAAGAAUCAAAGACAAUUUCUCCAAAAUGAACUUACAAAAAGGGAUAAGACUAUUGAAGAACUAAAUAAUGCUCUUUACUACUAGUAGCCUGUAUUCCAAACGCAAAAGAUGGCUUAAAAAGUAGCCAAAUAGCAAAUGAACUUCAGUCCUAACCUAGUUAUAAAUCUUAAGAGAAACAUGAAUGAUUUGCAUACUUAGCUAUAAGAAAAAGACUUUGAAUUAGACAAGAUAAAGAAAAAGAUGAAGUACACAAAGAUUAUAGAACUAGAAAUAGAACUUUAAGAGAGGGAUAAAAUUCUUAUGUAGAUGCAAGAAUAUCUUAAACUCAACUCCCAACAAUACUCUUAAUUAGUAAAUCAGCAAAGAAAUAACAGUGGCAUUGGAUUACAGAGUUAAGGUUCAAAUUCUAUGAACAAUAUCUAAGAUAUUUAACCAAAGUUAAAUACUCUUUAUAAUAUUUCUACGGCUUAGCAUAAUGGCAAAGGAAAUGAUUCAUCUCCUUAGUAGGAUGCCUUGGUCAAAACCUUAAAUGAUCAAAUCACCUAACUUAAGGACUAGCUGACCUAGUCAUAAAAAUAAAAUUAAUCCAAAUAGAAAGAGGUAGAUAAUAUGAAGAAAAUGCACUAAGAACUCCAAGAAAAUUCAAAUAGACUGAUAGAAACAAUGAACUAGAAUAACAUAAGGCAAUCUCAAGAGAACCUUUUGCUAAGAUAAUCAUCAUCCGAAACUGAUAUACUUAAGCAGCAAAUAAUGUAACUGUAAAAUGAUAAGCAAAGUCUCUAAGAUGAGCUUGAUGAAAAUAGAUAGCUUCAAUUUAAUGAAAAAGAUAAUCAAUAAUCAGACUUAGAGCAGUAGCUAAGAGAUGAAAUUUUAAAAUUGAAAUCCAAAUUAUCAGAGCAAGAAAGGAUGAAUGACAGUUUCAGAUAUAAGGAUGAGGAAAAGGAAGAUUAAAUAUCUGAGUAUAAGAGUUAAAUAACCACUUUGAAUGAUUAAAUUGAAAAUCUCAGCACUUAAAUCUAGAGUAAUCAUGAAGAAGUGAAGGAUAAGGAGAACAAAAUAAAGAUACUGACUGAUAAGCUUAAAUAUCUCAAUGAAAACUUUGCCUUAUUAUAAGACGAAAUCAAGGAAAAAGAUGAAAAAAUGCAAGGAAAAGAAAAUAAGUUGAAGGAAUAGGCUGAAAAGAUUCUAGAAAUGGAAAAAGAAAUUGAAAAACUCAAGACAUAACCCCCUCCAAGAUAAAGAGGGUCUAUUAGAGUAACUUUUAAGGAUAUACCAAUAGAAAAUUCAGCAAACCCAGAUCAAAAGCCAGAAAGUGAAGAAAGAAAGUAGGAAGAGUCUGAAUCAUAAUCACCAUAAAAAGGAACUGAAAAAACACAUUCUGAGGAAAUUCAAUAGCCUAAGUAAGAAAUUAUUGCUAGAAAAUAAACAAAAUCCUUAUUCGAUGCUAUCAAGGAGGAAUAGGAGCGUGAAAAUCAAAUCCCUCUCAGUAGCUAUUCUAAGUAAGGCGAGAAAAUUAGUUUAGACGAUGACGAUUUCAGAGCAAAUAGCAAUAAGUAAUUGGCAGAGGAAGGUAUUUUGAAAAUGGCUUACUAUUUGAAGAAAAAUAAUGUUGAACUAAGAGACAUAUUUAUAGACAUGCUUUAUGACGACACGAUUGACGGUAAAGAAUUUGAACUGAUACCUAUAAGAGAGUUUAGCGAGUUUGCUCGUAAGACCAUGGAGCUAGAGGACUCUCAUGUUUAAGCCAUUAGCAUCAUGAUGUCAGAUCACUUCAUUGGAGAGUCUCUAGACUUUAAAUUUUUGUAUGAGAUCUUUGUGGAGCUUGGGAUAUUAAAGCCUAAGGUUACCCUGAAUAAUAAAUCAAUCAGAGUCCUUAAUAGAAUCAAAGAUUAUCUUGAGAAAAACGGCAUUGCCAGCAUAGUCAAGUUGCUUGAGGGUAAAACAUUUAAUCAAACCAUUAGAAUUAAGGGAAAACCUGAUUAGCAAAUAUUGAUGAUAAACACCAAAGUAUUCUUCGACUAUUUGCAGGAAAUUUAAAUCAGAAAAUCAAAUAAAGAACUUGAGGAUGUCUAAAUUAACUUUGCCAUUCAUAAAAAAUUAAUUGACAACUUAAUGGUAGAAAAAUUGUCAAAGUAUAUUGGGGACAUGAGUGGCAACUCAACUCUCAAGAAGACAGGGACAAUUAAAAGAGCUAGAACUUAUGAAUAUGAGAAAGCAUAAGAGCAAGAACAACUUCUGAACCAGAUGAGGCAAUUAGAGGUCCAGCAAAAAGCUCAAUAAUCCAAGCUAACACAAGGUGAUGAUCUAAGCUCAAUUACAUCAAAUGAGGAUCAUAGCCAUAUUUAUGAGGACGAGGAAAAAGAGGAGAAAAUUGAUGACGAUGACGAGGAUAUUGAACAAAAUCGAUCUUAACAGCAGGAAGAAGUUGGUGGAGAAUAUGCAGAUCAGGCUUAGGAAUAGGAUUAUCAAGAAAUAUCCCCAAUGAAAGAGUCUUUCUAAGAUAAUUAUGAAGAGAGUGUGGAGGCAGCCCCUGAAAAUGAUGCAAUUUUAAGUGAAUAAGCAGCAAAUAAUAACAAUUCAAAUAUUGAAGAUGACUAUGAGAUUUGA